AUGAUUGACUUCAGUUGCAAGAUGAAAAUGAAAAUCCUGUGGUCACUUAUGAGUCUCAUCACUCUGUGCCGAAUGGAAGAUUUUCCGGAUUGUAAUCAUGAUAAUUGGCAUAGUUUGGAAACAACGGAAUCAGCACGCCUUGAAUGUGGACCUGCAUUUAAAAAUCUGUGCUAUUGCUCAAGAAUUUGCUAUGAAGGAAAACACCAAUAUGUUGUAAACUGUACAGAUACUAAAUUUACAAGUACUGAACCCCUUGAAAAUCUUCCAAAUAAAACUCAAGUACUUAUUUUUACGGGAAAUAUAUUGCAAAAACUGCCAUGGAAUAUUUUCGGGACUUUAGAUCGUAUUCCAAGUCUUCGAGUGAUUGACAUGUCAAAUAAUAAAAUCCGUGAAAUCAGUGGAAAAGCUUAUCAUCAUGUGAAGAAUGUUCAACGGUUAUCCUUAGAUUUUAAUGAACUAUCUUUGGAUACUCAAAGUAAUCAUCCGCGAGUUUUUUCAAAUUUCAUAUCUUUACUUGAAUUACAUCUUACGGAUGCUUUUGAGGAUGGCCAGCCUAGAGAUAUUGCAGAAACUCUUCAUGAAAUUUUUUUCAACAGUCAUUUAGAUCAAUUGAUUAAGCUGCACUUGGAACAAAAUGAAAUUUCAGACUUUAAAGAUUCAAAUGUUUUUUGCAAUCUUCCUAAUUUAUUGGAUCUACAUUUAGGAGAUAAUGAUCUCAACGCACUGAACUUCAACUUAUCAUGCCUUCACAAGCUUAGAUUUUUAGAUCUUCAACACAAUAAUUUCACAAAAAUUUUAGAACAAGACUUGAAAACUUUAGAUACGUUUGCGAAGCAUAAUCAGUCUGUUACAAUUGAUUUAUCAAAUAAUCCAUUUGACUGUUCUUGCGAACUUAAUCCAUUCAUAAAAUGGAUGAAAAAAACUAAAAUUUUUGUAAGGAAUAAAAAUCUUCUCAAGUGCAAUGACAAUGGACAUAAGAAAGAUUUACAAGAAAAAAAAAAUUGUGUUUCAAGAGUUAGCAUGUUUUCUCCGUCAUCUGGAUCUACUGUUGCCAUUACCAUGCUUUCUUUGAUUCUUGUAGGAUUAAUUUGUACUCUAGUCUACCUUCAACGUGAAGAUUUAAACAAAAAAAUUAUUCCUGUUAUUGAUUCGGUAAAUAAACGCGUGCGAUACACAUCUAUUUUAACAGUUGACGCUCGUGAAAAUGAUGUAUAA